AUGAAAUCCCAAAAAGAUGAUGUCGAUCCGGUGGACGCCUUGGAAACUGUUUCCAGGCUAUUGUCAUCAAGCGGAAAAGUUCCGAAAGUUUCAUCGUCUCGAGUCGUCAAAAAGAUCGCAAUUAAAGCAAUUGCAUCGAAAGAAAAUAUCUCCAAAGCUGAUCUAAAAAAGCCAAGUUCCUCACAGCAGAUGGACCGUCAAGCUUUCUACCGCGAUCAAAAUGGUUAUACAGCUUGCGCGAUCGAAUCAUGUCGAAAUUCAAGCGUGUCAGAGAUUCAACCGCUGAGUUUUGUGGUGAAACGAGCCAUUGCCUCAAUUAUUCAGAUUUUUCCAUCGAUUGUCACACAAAAUGAUUACAUUGAGGAAUUGUUGGCUUUCAUAGAGAAACAUUCGAAGAUAGUUGAUAUUGCUUCAAAAUUCCCGAUGCACGAAUUCCCAAUCCGCAUUUGCCAGAAACAUUUAAAAAACGAAUUGGGUGGUGAUAAUACAAUUCCUGCUUUGAUUGAAGGCGAUCCUCGUCUCACUCCACGGUUUGCUGAUUGUAUUAAAGGAGUUGCGCAACAGCUUGAACGACGGAUAAAUUUAUUCAAAGAAUAUCCGGAUCUUCUUGCCUCUUUUAUUCCACAAUCUGGUCAACCACAAACACCAAUUCGAUGCGGGAUUACAUAUUGUCCCAGCUCUUCAUUAACUGUUAACCCAAAUGCUUUGAGAUUUUUUCGGCUCUUCCGUGUACCGCAAAAUAAUGAGGAAAAAUUACGAAAUUGGAUUCAAAUGUUACAUGAUAAAGGAGUGACGAUUAGCAUUGAUACUCUUCGUCUCCGAACGCAUAUUUGUGAGAUGCAUUUUUAUCGUGGAGACCCAAAACAGGCUUGGGAGUGCUAUCGUGAAGGAGCCAUUUCAAAGAAAGUGACAACCACUAUGGCAGAUUUAAUUCGAUGCGUAAUUAAAUCGUGCCCAAUUCGAGGUAAUUCGAAGAAAGCCGACGGAACUCGCUAUUUAUUCACGCGCAUUCCAGAAGAAGGAACGCCCGAGUAUCGUCGAUGGGCGCCGAUUUUGAAUACAAAAACGGCGGAACAUGUCCUUCCAAUAAAAUUACCUAUGUCAAGAAUCUGUGAGCGACAUUUUAAACUAGCAACAAACGGAAAACUGGAUUUUUCGAUGCCGGUUCGUUUUCCCCGUGGUGCAAUGUACGAGUUCAAAAAUCAACACGCGCGGAAAGCACAUGAGCAGUCUCUAAUAACAGAGAAUAGGAUAGCAAAAAGUUCCAGCGUGAAGAAAUGUUGCCUGGAACUUUUUCAAAUGGAGCAAAUGUUGAAGAAACUUAAACAAAAAAAGGCAUUGCUGCAAAUGCAAACAAUUCACUGUUUACGAGCAAAGGGUCUUGAAAUUCCUGAAUUUCUGGGAAAAGAGAAAGUAUUGGAGGAUCCAUUAUCACACCAACGCAAGGCAAUGCCUUUGAAAUUAGGCGUUUCGGGCAAAUCAUUGGCUUUGUCUAACAAUGGUUUAAAUUUGAGAGCACCGUCUGCAAAUGAAUUGCCCAAUCUUCUCAAAGAAUUGGCGGCAAUCCGAAAAGUAAACCGAGCAUCGACGGAAGGCGAAAAAGAGGUUGGCAAUCAUUGGACGCUCGAGCAACAAGGCGAAAAAGCAGUUAUGAAACAAGCCAAUGCCGUCAUUGUUGUUCUUGGAGAUAUUGGGAGAAGCCCUCGGAUGGCAAAUCACGCAUAUUCACUUGCCACGCAACAAAACUAUAUCGUUUACAUCGUGGGAUACACCGAUACAAAAUUACAUCCUAUGCUGCUUGAGGAUUCACGGAUAAAAUGUGUCUCUCUAGCCGCUCCUUGUGAUUUGCCUUGUUUUAUUCCUGACAAGAUAUCUCUCGUUUUCAAAGUGAUAUGGACAUUUUUAGCCCUCUUCUUUUCAUUGAUAUUCAGGGUUCCUUGGGCGAUACACUUAAUAUUGAUGCAAAAUCCCCCAGGCCUACCAGCAAUGCUUGUUUGUUGGAUGGGAUCACGCUGGGUGAUUGAUUGGCACAAUUACACUUAUAGAAUGCUUCAAUACAAAUGGAAACUCAGUGUAAAUUUGCCAAAAUUAGCACACGAUUCGGAUGAAAUAAAAUCAGAAAAGGCCGGAGAAACAACCAAACGACGUAUAUCAAAAGAGGAACGCGAAGUUGCGAAAAGAAAAACUUCGAAAUUCGAAAGAAAAACUCGGAAAAGUUAUCUACAGAUGGUUAUUGAAAAAGUCCAUUGGUAUGAAGGCUGUUUGGGACGUCGUGCAGAUGCGUCAAUUUGUGUGUCGAGGGCAAUGCGCGAAGAUUUACGAGAAUCGUGGGCAAUUCCAUCAGCUAUCUUUUAUGAUCGACCUCCGGAUUUCAAAUUCAAAACUGUUACGUUAGAAGAAGUACACGAUCUUUUCAUGGAGCUUUCAAGUGAUGAUUCACUUAAAGCAUUUCGGGGUAAACAAGGCAAUGACGAGUGGAAAGAAAGUUCGGCGUUCACGUAUUGCACACUGGAUGGACAAGUAAAACAACGACUAGAUCGACCACUUUUUUUGAUUUCGUCAACAAGUUGGACGCCUGAUGAGGAUUUCGAGAUAUUACUUGAUGCGCUAAUUAAAUAUGAUCGAUAUUCGAUCAAUUCUUCCGACACGGUUCGAAUAGUUUGCGCUGUCACAGGAAAGGGUGAUCAAAAAGAGGAGUAUGUCGAGCGAAUCAAACGCCUACAGCUCUCUAAUGUGCAAAUUGUUACACCGUGGCUCAAAGCCAAAGACUAUCCAACUCUUCUAGCAGCUUCUGAUCUUGGGAUAUCACUUCAUGCUAGUACAUCAGGGUUGGAUCUUCCUAUGAAAGUAGUAGAUAUGUUCGGAGCUCGAAUUCCGGUUCUUGCUAAGCGUUAUUUGUGCAUUGGAGAACUAGUCAAAGAGGGAGUCAAUGGCAAAACCUUCGAGAAUGCAAAUGAAUUAAACCAGCUGAUUCAAGGGCUUGCCGUCGGAUUUCCAAACAAUUGCAAUGCUUUGAAUAAACUGAAAGCAAAUGUGCUGAGUGAGCCUUUGCCUUCAUGGGAAGAUACAUGGAAAGCUGUUUGUGGGGCAAUAAUGGAACCUGAACGAGAUGCGCAUUUGGAGCGAGUACUGGCGAGGGAA